AUGGAAGUUGUCAUUCAAGGAGUGCCUGAACGUACGACCCAAAAGCAGCUGAGAGACUAUUUCCGUCCCGUUUGCGAUCACCUCUCAAUCGAUGAUUGGGAUUGCCAGAAAAAGAAGAACAAGCCAUUCGCUUCGUUGACAUUUCUCAGCCGCGAAGAUGGCCAAAAGUUCUGUUCUCGCCAUGGAUCCUCAAGAAAUGGUCUUCAUGGUAGUCCUAUCCCGAGCCGGACACCCCUCUUCUUCAAAGGCCUGCCAUUGUUCUGCAGCCCAGGCUGCAAAAAACCCGAUAUUCACAUGUUAAAGAGCCUAGAAAUGGAAGCAAAGACGCGGCAGAAAAAGAGACAUUUGGAACAAAACAUGUCUACUACAGUGUCGAGCAUAAGGGAUGUUCCUCUCAAACUCAGAUCUAUACUAUGCGGUCUCUGGGAAUAUCAGGGCUCGAACCUGGUUUUCAUGGCUCACUCGAACUGGAUAGGUAAAACGGUAAAGGUCGGCGCGAGAAAGAUCACUGUCCACGUGGGCCCAGGUCAUCGUAUUGAUAUACCCUUCUCAACCAUACAGGCCAUCGUACUUGAGAACUCCCUCCAAUAUGCGAUUACCCUUACGUUGACCGAGGCACCAUAUUCCUUCCGCAACAUAGACAUUGGAAGCACAACUCCACUCUCGGAUACGGCUUCUCUCAUUCAACCCAUGAGGCAAUUGAACCUACGGAGUGGUCCGAGCCGGGCCAGAGUUCCUGGGUUGGACUCGGCCCAUGAAGCGAUUGCCGGGAGCUGCUUAGUCUAUCGGCUUGUCCUCGAAACCACUGACGAGCAUGUCGAUUUAUUGAGCAAUGUUCGCGGGAUACCGCCCAUAGUCCGGCACCAUGUCCAAGUCCAUGCCCCUGAUCGGCUGCACGCAUCACAAAUAUGUGAAUUGGUUGAGGUGCUCGAGGAUAGUUACGUUCAAAUUCCGUUUGUGGUCAAAUACCAACUCCAGAGACUUGCGCAAAAUAGCUUUCUUCCACCGAGGGUGGUACUAGCUCUGUUGCCGGAAGUCGCAAACCUUUUGAGCGACGGCAAGAUUCCUUGCUGGGUCAGUGCAAUACGACUAUUAUUCCAGCAACUUCCUUUCCCGGGGGUUGAAACAGAAUCCGGCGAUUUUCAGGUCGAUACCUUGAUAUCUCUGCUGAUAAAGAAUGCAGCACAGUCGGACAACCGAGACCACUAUGAAGAUGAUUCCCGUCGCUCUGAACAAAUGGCUCGGAUCCACCGAGUCACCGUCACUCCGGCUGGUAUUUACCUGUACGGCCCAGACUGGGAGAGCAAAAAUCGCGUUCUCAGAAAAUACCCGGCAAAUCACGACUACUUUUUAAGAGUCCAAUUUUGUGAAGAAGAUGGCUCCCAAGUACGAUUUAACCCCGACGUCUCGAAUAAAAUCAUUUUUCACGAUAGAUUCAAGAAGAUCUUGAAUCAUGGUAUCAGAAUCGGCGGGAGACGGUUCUCAUUUUUAGGCUUCUCCCAUUCUUCGCUCCGGCAGCAGUCAUGCUGGUUCAUGGCCCCGUUUCUCUACAACGGACUCACCCUGUCCGACCGCAUGCUCAUCCGAAAUUUGGGCGAUUUUUCGCACAUCCGCUGUACCGCCAAAUGCGCCGCCAGGAUCGGUCAAGCGUUCUCCGAGACACCGACGGCCAUCAGGCUUGCUCCGGGAGUCGCACAACGAAUGAAUGAUGUGGAGCGUAAUGGGCGAGUGUUCAGCGAUGGAGUGGGGACCGUGUCAAUGUCGGUUCUGCGACGGAUCUGGGCCGGGCUUCCGUCCACCAGAAAAUUUAAACCAACUGUGUUUCAAAUUCGAUACUCAGGAGCUAAGGGAAUGAUUGCCUUGGACAGUCGUCUUCGAGGCGAAGCGAUGUUCCUCCGUCCAUCCAUGAUCAAAUUCGGGGGAUCAUCUUCAACUGACAUUGAAAUCUGUGGCGGAGCCUACAAGCCCCUUCCAUUUUUCCUAAAUCAACAAAGCAUCAAGAUACUCGAGGACAUGGGAGUGAAAGAUGAAUUCUUCUUCCAUCAUCAAAAAAAGGAAAUCGAUCGUCUGAGACGGGUUAAUUCGAGCUCGAAACACGCUUCGGAAUUCCUCAAGUCGCAAGGCAUUGGGGAUCGGAUCCAACUGCCCUGGUUCGUCCAAAAGCUGAAAACGAUGAAUCUCUCCUUCCAACAGGACAGCUUCUUACGAGACGUGCUGGAGAUUGCCAUCCUGGUCGAACUUCGUGCACUGAAAUACAAGGCAAGAAUACCCGUAAAGGAUGGAUAUACCCUUUUCGGCAUCAUGGAUGAGACUCGAAUCCUUAACGAGGGCCAAAUCUUUUGUAUUGUCGAGGAUGACGACGGCGUGAGGGUCAUCACCGGCGACAAUAUUCUUAUCACACGUUCUCCCGCUCUUCACCCGGGCGAUAUUCAGCGGGUAAAUGCUGUCUCGGUACCAUCCGACUCUCCAUUGAUGCAGCUUCGGAAUUGCAUAUGCUUCAGCCAGAAGGGCGCAAGGGACCUACCAAGUCAGCUUGGUGGCGGCGAUCUCGAUGGAGACCUCUAUCAAAUCUUGUUUGACCGUCGGGCAACACCCAAAGAGACGUUUCCGGCCGCCCAAUACCCAAAACAAAAUCCGAUCGAUCUCGGCCGACCUGUCAACCGCGAGGAUAUGACCGAUUUCUUCAUCGAAUUCAUGGAGACCGAUCAGCUGGGUCGGAUCUCCAAUCAGCAUAAAAUCUUUGCGGACCAGAAGAAACUUGGUACCCGGGAUCGCGACUGCUUGACACUGGCAGAGAUGGCUUCCACAGCAGUGGAUUUUUCAAAGAGUGGAAUACCGGUUGAUAUGACCAAACUCCCCAGAUCGAAUAGAUAUCGACCUGAUUUUAUGGCGCCAGGACCGUACUGCGUAGUGGAGAAGGGCCAGCCUCUUUCGUUUGACGCUUUCCCAGAAAACGACAAUCGAGACGACGAGGAUGAGGAUGAUACUCCCAGAUAUAGGUAUUACGAAAGUGACAAGAUCCUGGGGAAGUUAUAUCGCGCCAUCGACGAGCAAGAGAUCUUAUCCGACAUUCGGCAGCGAGAAGUAGUGUACGCGAAUGGAACAGGGACGCCAGAGAGCCGUCGUACCACGGUGUUGCACACUAUCUGGGCUCACGUUCAGGAUCAGUGCCGCCUUUUCCAAUGGAUGCAUCAUCUUGAGGUGGCACGAGGUAUCCGUGACGAGUACGAAGAGUGUAUCCAGAAUAUUGCAUACGAAUAUAGCAACCAACCCUCUCCCCCCCUGACCGAGCGUGAAGUCUUCAUAGGCAAUAUUCUCGGGAGGACCGGUGCACAAGCGAAAAAGCAACAUGAGUGGUCAGUGAAAAUGAAAGAACGUUUCAAUGAUGAGCUCAACUAUAUCGUCAACCGCAUAGUCAAAGACGGCCCAAACAAAGCCCAAGAGAGUCUCGAGAGGAGUAUGGCAUGCUUGCAAGUGGCGUUGGAGAAAGACCUCGGUGGCUCCAAGAGAAGGGAGAAUCUGGUCAGUUUCGGCUACGUUGCUGCCGCUAUUUGUUUGAAGGAAAUGGAGCGAAUGUUUGGAUAG